GAGAGACUGAGGCUGCUGCUGUUGCCAUGGCAACCAUACAGGUGUUAAAGCAGGUCAAUUGAAUGCCGAUUGGCAUUCUGCCAGUCUGUGUGUGUGUGUGUGUGUGUGUGGAUGCAUUUGUUGGUCUGUCCAUUCAUUAACAGUGUAAAAAAAAAAGUUUUUUCAUUCGAUGCGACAGAUGUGAGGGUUCGUCAAAAUGCUCAUGUUUACUCUUUAACAAGUUACAGAAAAGAAGGAAAAGUUUUUCUGUCACACGUGACGAACCCAGCCGGAGGGCUUUCUCCAGACAUUUUCUAGUGACACACACAUCGUCUUCGGGAAAGUGUUUCUGCACUUUUACAGAUGUGGGAUUGAAUGAUGGACUUUGACUGGUUAUGGAGACUUUUUACAGUAUUGUGUUGGAGCCUUCACUUUAUUAAAGGAUCUUAAACCACCACAAGGAAGAACACACUCUUUUUCAGGCUCAGUCUCCACUUGAUCUUCUUUCCUGCGGUCUUACAGUUAUCGUUUUUGGCCGAUCGGUUCUUCUUCUUCUACUGUUCAUUAACGUCGCGUCGCCGCAGCGGUGGGCGGAGACAAUCGGGGGCAGAUGCUGCUCGGGGAACGAAACAGACGCAUUUUAGCGCGCGGUUAAAUUCCCAAAAUGUUGACACUGAACAUAUAUUUGUAAUGAAACAGAAUCCAAAACAGAUAUUAUAUACAAUAACAAUAUAGACGAGAAUUCUAUACACGUGCACCAUUUAUGUCCCUUUAAUCCAGAGCGUCCAGAGUCAGUGUACACGUGCAAUAUGUGCUUCAACCUGCGCGCUCGCACGCGUUCCUUGUCGUACAGUGACGACUCGGCAAACACAAGAGUGAGAGAUCCGUCGGCCUCUCGUCGCCUCCGCUGUUUUCAGGAAGUCGACUGUUGGGCGGAGGAAGGAAACGAGCGGAGCCGCGGCGACAAAGGACGCGAGGGAGGAGAGGAGAGGGGGACACACAUUCUGCCAUUGAAAACACCACUGGUUUCCAUUAGAGGAGAGUGUUUUUUUCAUAUUGUUUUCUCUCUGUGCGGCCGUGGGAGGAGCUGGAGGAGCUGGAGGAGCGUCGAUCGGCCCUGAGCAUCAUUCACUUCAUUCAGACGAAGCGAGCGAACCCGCAGACAAAACUCUUCUCUUCAUGCUCAUCACUGCGUCGUCUUCCCCUGCUCCGGAAGUCUUUCCAGAACAGUUUUCCUUUGAGCCGCAGCCCGAAUGAGUCACUGGCUUCACCUCGGUGGGCUUGUGGCCUCUCCUCCUCCUCCUCCUCCUCCUUCCUCCUCUCUCCCCUUCUCCCUCCCAGUUCACAUGCGUUAUGUGAUCGCUUCUGUGCUGGGAGAAGAAGGAGAAGAAGAAGAAGAAGAAGAGGAGGAAGUUUAGCUCGUGCACAAAGACAUGGAAGUGUUCUGGGCCAGGCCAGCCACAAGCGGUCUAGAGGCGGAGAGCGGCAGGCGCGGCGGCAGCAGCAGCCACGGCGAUGGCAACCACAGCAGCAGCGGCGGCGGCGGCGGAGGCAGCAGCAGCAGCAGCGGCGGUGGCGGCGGCGCGGCCCACUUCAGGUCGCCAUGGCAACAGAGCGUGAACGUGUUCGGCUCGUGGAGCAGGCCGGAGUGUGUCGAGGAGCUGCACCAGCAGGCGCAGCUCAACCUCCAGAGCCUGCUGCAAGACUUUGAGGAGCAGUUGUACGACACCAAGCUGACCGGUCAGACGUUCCGGCAUCCGUCCUCGCAGAGCUCUGACGACGCGUCCACCUCGCUCAGCCGAUCGCCCGUCUCCCUCAACAACAAGAGACACGACUUCAUCUUCCUGCCGGCCUCCAAACAGCUCUACGACGAUGAGACCACCUCCUCGGUGUUCGGCCUGAGGUCAGCGACGGACCCGUCUCCCUCCCCGUCCCCGUCGCCCUGCGGCUCGGAGCGCCCCCCUCUGGGCUGGGGCAGCAGCAGCACCGCCACAUCCUCCGCCGCCGCCGGGCCGCCGGUCGCCGAGAAGCCCCGCUGGCACCUGGGGCGACGCGCGCCGGCUCACUUCAUACCGCUCGACAUCACAGGUGAAGGAGGAGGCGGAGGAGGAGGAGGAGGGAAAUUCCACGGCGUCGACCUCCUCCAGCAUUCCCUGUCCCCGUCCCCCUCUCCAGGGGACCCCUUCCCCCACCAGCCCCACUCCCUGGAGCCUGUGACCGACACCCCCCACCAGAACCUCCCCCUGAGGAAGACGCACUCUGACCUCGACACAACCUUACCUGCAGCUAAAACUUUAGAGCCAAGUGCCUCGAACCAACUCCACCCGGGCACAAUGGACCACUCGGGGCUACUGUGCUCGAACACUUCCUGGAACGGACCUAAGGGCUCCACCUUCUCCCCCGGAGCCUGGAACGAGCCUUACAAUUACAGCACGAGCAAAGGUCCGGCAGUUCCUCCGAAGCAGCACAGCAUCAUCGGCAAUGCUGGCGCAGGGAUGCAGGACGGGCUGAUGUUGGUGAGCUCGGGACAGUCGGUGGGCUCACAUUCCAGCUCGUUCACGUCUGUGACAAACUCUUCGGGGAGAGGAGGGAAUGUGGCGCCGGGGAUUUCACUGGCAGCGCCGGCGAUGGGGAAGCGGAGCGAGACGGAAGGUGCUGCAGCGGACGGAGGGAGGGGUGGAGGAGGAGGAGGAAUGGGAGGUGGGGAGACAGGGAGAGGGAGGGAAAGGUCAGCACGCUCCAUAGCAGCACAGAAGGCCUUCAAGUUCCGGGAGCGUUCCCUUUCCACGCCCACGGAUUCUGGUUCCUUCUGCUUUGGAGAAGGUGGUCUAAGCCAGCCAGACGGGAGCGUUGUGUCUACAGGGAAUGGGAAUGCUUUGGCACUAACAGACCACCAACAGCAGCACCACCACUUCCUGGGUUUGGGUGAGAACUACGCUCUCCUCUACCCUCGAGGGAGCUCUGAGGACAGCGCCAGCACCGCCGAUACGAUCUCCGUCACGGCUUCGGACUACAGCGCAGAGGGUCGGCUGCGCUUGCGCUCCCGCUCCAUCUCACUCAAGAAAUCCAAGCGCAAGCCCCCACCUCCUGUGAGGAGCGUCUCUCUGAUGAAGAACCUCGGAGAAGCCGAAGGAAGAAUCCACCAUGACAGCGGGCUUUAUCGUGAUGGCCGACCAAAGAGCCUUCACAUCCCCAGGGACCACUUCCCAGACUUCCAGCCGGAUUUUCUCCUGCCCAGCUCCUCUAAACCCAGUGGUAGUGAGAGGGAGCUGCGCCAUGGAGGCAGCGAUGGACCCCCAAGUCUGGAGGUUCAGGCCCCAGAGAGGGAGGGAGAGACAGAGCUGACCUUUCCCACUCACUGGCAGCUGGGGGAGUGGAAGAAUGACCCCUACAGGUCUCUGUCAGGCUCCAGCACAGCAACGGGCACCACGGUGAUUGAAUGUAUGAAAGUCAGAAGCAGCUCCGAGUCCCUUCUCGACUCCCCCUCCACCUCCAGAGCCACUUCGCCCUCACAGCUCUCCAUGGAAACUGAAGUCAAGGCAUCCUCACCCUUCAAACCCCCAGGACUCAUGUCACCAUCAAGUGGCUAUUCCAGCCAGUCAGAGACUCCCACCCCAACUGUUCCACUCAGUCAUGUGGCAGGUCAGGGGACAUUGGGGUGUAAGCUGCGCCCCAAGAUCCCAGAAAGGAAGUCGUCACUACCAUCACCCAAGGACCCUACUGCAAGGUCUAGAUUGUCCUUUGAGAUGCCUGGGAAUGCACAUCUGGAGCUGUCGUCAAUCAAGCCAAAGCAAAAGGCCAGUAGACGGCAUUCUGACACCUCCACCGCAGCAAAACCGGGAAAAAUCAGCCCCAGUUCGUCACAGGCAUUGCCUGUGGUUACCCAGAAUGAGCUGAAGACAGUUCGUCUUCGCUCGAUCUCUCGUGGUGACCUAGAGGACUGCCCCGAUGGUGCGUCUGACACCAUUGAAGAAGAGCAGCAUGGCCGAGACCUAUGCGACUUCCCUAGCCCUCCACCCACUCUACCAAAGCCCAAACCACCUGUCGCUGUCAAGCCUCCUUUGCCUAAGCGACCCAUAAACCUCCUCUUUAAGGCUCCAUCACCCUCCUCCACUUCCCCUCUUGCCCUCGACUCCCCUCCUGCCUCACCCGUGGACCGGCCAGUACCCCUGGGCAACAUCUACAAAGUCAUGAGAAAACCCAAACCCAAAAAACCUCCACCGCAAACAUCAACAAGUCCUUCUGUUUACCCAGAUUCCAAUUACACCAACACCCCACAAACUGGCUAUGAUCACACAUUCCUCCACCAUUCCCAGUCCCUCUUUGAUCUCCCUCCUCUCCCAGAUCCCCAGCCUCUUCUUGAGGACCCAGCGUUAGAGCCGGAAUUUGAGGCCGACCCAGAGAUCCGGCUUGGGCCCGGGGACGGAGGCUCACUACCAUCUCCGUGUAGUAACCAGGAGGCCCAGGAGCUCCAGGACAAGAGCAAGACACUCCCCUCGAGGAUGACAAUCUCCUGCCUGUCAGAGAUGUCAGACAAAAAGAAACCGAAGGUUCCUCCUCCAGUCCCCAAGAAGCCAAACGUUCUGCUUCUUCCCACGCCGGUCCACUCCUCCACCAACGGCAGCACAGAUCGCCAGACGCCCCAGACUGACAGCCCCGUCGGACUCUGCUCUCCUGUUGGGGCGUUCCCACCGGACGAUUUCCCCAGUGCUCCCAGUGUUCCAAAUAUGCCAGAGCAAGAUGAGAACCACUUUGAACCCGACGAGGAGAGUUCCAAAGAGUCGUCUCUGCAAGAUUCGUCUCUCACAGAGCUGGAAGGGAAGAUGGCCGCCACCAGGAUCGGGGCAGACCAGUCCAACGAGGGGACGGUGCUCCACAUCGCCGAGGAAACGGAUGACGAUGUGACGGCCAGCACACCUACAACGCACACCACCGAAGAUCUGUUCACCAUAAUACACAGGUCGAAGAGAAAGGUUCUGGGUCGCAAGGAGCCGUCCGACUCCUUCGGCAGCCGACAGAGCCUGGUGUCCCCGGUGAAGCACAGCGCCUGCGGUGGCGACAUCCGAAACCUGACGCUGGGCAGCAGUCAGAGGUCGAGCUCCCGCAACGAGAACUUCAUGGCCCUGCUUCAGAAGAAAGGCAGCAAGUCUUCCGGCGGAGGGGCCCGAGUUUCCGCCAUGGAGCUUCUCAAAAGCACAAACCCCCUGGCACGACGUGUCACCGAGUUCUCAACCGCCGCGGCCGACGAGGGAGGAGAGGAAGCAUCUGGGAACAGCGGCCAAUGAAAGGGGAGAAUCGUCACCAGGCGUUAAGCGGGUCCGUUUGCUGUCGACAAAGCUACCAAACAAUUCUACAAAGCGUCGCCCUCUGCGGACGGGGGGCCCACCGACUGACACGUCCAACCAGAUCGCUCCAACUGCUGGUUGACCAUUUGCACUGUCCAAUCAAACCGGAGCACACUUUUGGACAAAAUGGUCCCUCCCAUGGUUGGAGCGCUGUUGUUGCCCGUCAAACUGGUCCCUGCCGGAGGGCGAGAAAGGCCGCGGAGAGUCUGUUCCCGGUAUAUUUUCGGCGAAAGGUGGAGGCUUUGAGGCCGCGUCUCAACAACUGCACCACGUUUUCCUCACUGGGAAUUUUGUCAGAUUUCCGGAUGAAUGGAUUGGAUGAAUGGGCGGGCGGAGCAGACGCUGGGAGUAUGAGGUCAUACGGUGGAUAUCUUUACCUCUGGCUCCUUCUGGACGACGACAACAAGAGUCCCUGAUGAAGACAACUGUUAUUUUUAUUUCGGAUCUGUAACCAGUGACAUGAUACGGCAGAGGAUCGGUGAUCAAAUAUUAUCCAAGAAACAAAUAAAUGACCCUUCUGUGAACCAAACCCCUCCAGCCAGUAGCAACGACACCUUCACCAAACAAAGGGGGAAUUCUCCGUGGCGCAAUGCGGCACCCGAGAAAGCAGAUAUUCCCAACAACCGCGGACAUCGCGGCUCCGUCUUCUCUCUGCGGUGAACUCGCUGCCGCAGCGGCGGGCGUCCUCGGAGGAUUUACAAAGAGAAACCACAUGGGGGCUUUUGUGCCGCGUGAGCGGGUCACGGAUUCCGUCGCCCGUGCCACGAACAUGAAUGUGGACCUUCACGAAAAAUAUUCCUCAGAGGCACAAAGCGGAUGGGCGACAUUUUGGAACACAAGCACUUUUAUUUUGUUUUGUCCCUUUUGGCGUUGGAGGUCGUUUACAUGGUGCAGCCUUUGCAUCACUACGUUUAUUCUCCUGGAGAUACUCGUCAAUCAUUACGUUUUCGGUCUUGGUUUGGAAUUUUUUUUGGAGGGGGGGCGGGGCAUAUAUAUAUUUUUCCCCUUAAACAUGCUAGACGGCCAUUUUCUGUACAUGUUCAACUGGAUCGUACUGUGUGCGUCACGUACAAAGAUCAUUGUUCCGCGUCUAUCAGUAGAAAAUCAUUUGGGGACUAAAAAAGACUUUAAAAAUGUACAGAGGAGCAAAUAGCUUGGACUCGAAGCCCGUGGAGAGAAAAACACACACGGAGGAACACACACAGACUGAAGAGUGACGCCGUGGACGCCAAGCAGAAGUGUGUGUGUGUGAGUGUGUGUGUGUGUGUGUGUGUGUGUGUGUGUGUUCGUAUACGAGUGUGUGUGUGUGUGUGUGUUCGUAUACGAGUGUGUGUGUGUGUGUGCACAUGAAAUCACGCCUGUUGAUUUUCUGUACGGAGAGCAUGAAGCAGGCCUGGUUGUUAAACAGGGUUUUUAAUUCAUUUUGGUCUCUGGUGACGGGACCAAAGGACUGUUCGGAAAAAAACAAAAAUGACAAACAGACUGGAGGGGGCCGAGUUGUGCAUUUGUAUGUGUUUGCACGUGUGUGUGUGUGUGUGUGUGUGUGUGUGUGUGUGUGUGUGGAGGGAAGUGCCAAGAACAAAGAGAGCGAGCGCAGGAACGUGUGCCUCGUCAUGUGUUUGCCGUUUUUUGUGAGCAUCCUCACUACGCGUGCAUAUUCCGGCUUUUGUGUGUGUGUGUGUGUGUGUGUGUGUGUGUGUCAUCGCGACGUUCCCGCCACCCGCACCUUUCUUAGAAUCACGGAAACCCCUCCCUUCGUGGAGCCGUCGAGAUUCCAGAACCUGAAGGGGGAUCAGGAGGAUUUUGGGGGAAUAAUGAGCUUGUGUCUCAAUUCAGGCGUGAAGGACGUGGUCCGGGCGGCCCGUCGCCGAGCAACGGAGCUGAGGUUCGUCCACGGUUCGAGAGUUCGCCGCUCCAUGAAUCCUGGGACAGUUUGGGCUGGCUGGGGAAGGAUCCACCCGGACAGGAGGCAUUGGUCCAGGCGGAGCCUGAAUUGGGACACGCAGCUAUUCGAUGAUGGGAACAAAACUCCUUCCAAGGAUUCGUUUGGAAUUCUGGAAUGAGGGAGUCUCGUGACUUUAGCCUGUUGCAGCUCGGGCCAGAGAAGUGGGAGACUUUGGGAAAUUGAAAAUUCCCUCCGGUCCGUCCGCGGUGUUACGGAGUGACGUCACAGGGCCGAGCAGCUUCCCUCGUCCUCGCUCCUCGCCACUCGUUCCUCUCCUCCUCCUCACAUCACUGCUGGUGCCUCUCUGCUUUAAGCGUCAUCUCCCUCCUCCUUCCUCCUUCCUCCACUCUGAACAGCAAAUCUCUGUUUUUUGCACGUAGCGACAUUCCCUUUAUCCUCCUCCUCUAUCUGCCUCUUCCCCUCGCCUCUUUUCAACCUUCUCUCCAUCCCAGUUGACCCUCUCCCAUCUCUUCUCUCUCUCCCUCUCUUCCUCCUCCUCCUCCUCUUUGCAUUCAGUCUAUGCAUCAGAGCUCGCGACACCGAAUGAAUGUCAAUGAACGACUGUUACCAAAACAGACGCUGUGCUACGCCUGCGAGCGCGUGAGACAUAUUUCUAUCAACGCUUAUCUUCUGCCUUCUCUUUGUUUUGCUCAUUGUGUUUUUAUACUUUUCCUUUUUUUCUAACCUUCCUUUACACUUUCCAUGAAGUAAAUGGUGGAAUUAACGUGGAUGAGUGAGCGGAUGAAUGAAUGAACGAAUAGGAUCUGUGCACGAACACAGAAACAGGCAGGGAUUGAAUAUGUUUGCGUUUUUUUUGCUUGAAAGGACGUUGACUUUUCGAGCUGUGGACGAAAUCGCCGUGAGGUCUUUGAUCCCGGACCGACCCUCGGUUCCGGAUCACAGCGUGGACGCUCCGAUCGGAUGUAACACGUGACCCCGCCUCCCCUCCCACUUGCAUGAAUUGAGGAGGGGGGGGGGACCUCUCAUCUCCUGACUCCCGGGCAGCAAACCAUCCCUCGGUGCUAUUGAGUCAGAGCUCCCCCUAGUGGAUGGAAAUACACACAACACCUGGAAAGUUUGAAAAACAAAACUUGUCACUCACAUCCUGCUACGGUCCGUCAGGUACAUCAUCAUCCUGGAGGAAGAACACAAAAAAGAAGAUUUUAAAACUGAAGAAAUCCUUUAUGACGACUAGUCAAGUGACGCUUGUUUUAAAUAUUUAGUGAAUGAAAAAAAAAAGAUCAACCUAUAAAACUGUGUUUGUUUGCCUUGUAUACUGAAUUAUGGGCGUGUUGCUGCAGCGCCUGGACGUUGUUUUUGUUUGACUUUAUCAUUUUUUUUAUUUUCAGCUGCCUGGGUGGUACACACACACACACACAUGAACAAAACCUUUGCUAAAUCAGGCUACAAUAGCAGGAAAAGGGAACUUUUUUAUGUUUAUCUGAAUCUGACCCGUGAGGAAAAGUUUAGGAAUCUGGUGACUCGUGUUUUCAGCGUGGUGAUAUACAGUAGUUUCCCCUCAGAGCGAUCACGUGUCUGAGAUCAGAAGACAGAGAAAAGAAAGAUGUAAUGACAAGGACGUUGACUUGUGUGUGGUGUGCAGACACAACACACGUGUUUCUGAAAAGAGCGUAAACAGGGAUGACGUUCAGGAUUGAGAAAACGUAGCAUUGUAGUAUUUUGCUGCGUUCCAUGAUACCUCGGAACUCAGACAUAGAAUGACGUCACACCCCAGUAACCCCGAGUCGACUGCGUUCCAGUUGCUCAUUUGGUCGGAUGUCGAAAAGAACAAGAUGGACGCCCGCUAGCAGUUGCUAGCGAAAAGCCGGUUACGCAUCACGCGACAUUUUCGAGCAUGCUAACAGCGUAGUAACACAGCAGGCUACUCGUAAUUGGACAACACUGCGUGUGCGACAAAUUUAAUGAGACGCAUAUUAGACAGUAGUGAAACAGUAGAAACUGCAGCCUUCACUUCCUGUUACAGGGGGCAGCCAUGUUGGAUUUCGCAGUCGGGGUUGGUGAGGUUCUUCUGACCUUCCGAGUCGAAAUUCUGACUCGGAGGGGGCGUUCCAGUUGCAACUUCCCACUCGGAAGACGGCGAUUCCGAGUUCCGAGGUGUGAUGGAACACACCAUUAGUCACGUGGUGUGUGACUUUAAUCAGGAAGUAAGGAGCGGUACAAACAAAGAAACACAUGGGUACGCUGGUGAAUCUUUGAAGGCAGACACGUGAGCGGCUACAGGGGCAGAAAUAAUCCCAUUGGUUGGCUAAUAAUUAAUGGGUGGAGCCAAAGAACCUCACUGCCAAACUCGGUGCAAUAUUUUCAAAAAAAACUUUUUGGGUUCUUCUGAAAAAAGGCAACUACAGCAACAAAUUUAUCGACAACGGGGAGCAACAAGUCGGCCCCUCGAUCUGGCUCCCGCGCUUCCGCCCGAUUGGUGCGACUGUUUCCGCACGCUGGGCGGCUCCGCCUCUCUCUGCCGAACGAUGUUACCCGUCUCUGAAAUAUGCUGACAUCGACAAUAUGAUUACGUUGAAAAGUUUUUGAAAAUUGAGCCGGCGACAGGAAUAUAUUGAAUCUUUUAUCCGUUAUCCCGUCGCGUCAGGAGGACGAGUAGGGGAAGAGAGGGAGGAGGCGGGAUUCUGCUGAAUGUGGGGAUUACCACGUCGGAAUUUAUACAUAUCCCAUCAUCUUUUUCCUUCACCUCCUCUCUCCCGUCUUCUCAGCUGUCGCAUGACUCAGAGGAGUAAUCACGUUAAAAGCUUUUCCCUCUCGCUCACUCUCUCAUCUUUUUUUCUUCUUUCCCUACUAAGUGAUAAAAGAUGCGAGGGGGGGCGGGAGAAGAAGGAAAAGGAUGGAGCGCUGCGACCCCUCGUUAUCGUUAAGUUCGGUUUAAUUUUUAACAGCGGAGGCAAAGCGGCCACAUCGCGGCCAACCGGUUGCUAAGAGACAAAAAGUGAGGAGUGGAGUUGGAGACUCGGCAGCGAUUAUUUCCCUCUGAAGCCGAAUGGAAGAUUUCUUUGCGAUUGUAAAAACUUCUGCAAAGUUAAAAAAAAGGUGGAAAUGGUGAUGUCACCAUGUCACAGAGGUAUCGUCCGCAGGACUGACGGCGAGCGUCAGGAGCAGAGUUUUCUCCCUGGACCACAGAAUUUGGUCUUUUUUUAACUUUAGCAGAACUUUUUACGCAAAUCCCAAAAAACUAUAAGAGGAAAGAGAAAAACAGAAAAAAAAAAAACAUGAAUAUGUCCUUUAAAAUAUUUUUCUAAGCCGGGUUUGUGUCUGAGAUUUAGCUCAAACCCAUCGGGAUGAAAAAGGGGUGGGGGCGGCUGUACAGAGAGAGACACAAACACACAGAGAAAGGGAGACAGACAAGAGUUAUCGGAUAUUAUUCUAUUUUUGUUAUUCCUCAUUGAGACAAAAAGACAUAUUUAAAGGAAUAUUCCGUGUAUGUAUUGAAUAACCUUUGUCGUCCCCCCCCCCCCCCCCCCCCCCCCCCGCCCAUCCCAUCCAGCGGUGUGAUGUGUGACUGCGGGGACGGCGUCGCACACAAGGACACUUCCCGCCGCAGCUCCUCCGACGCCAAUGUGAUGAAAUGAUUAUAUCGUUAUGAAUAAAUUAUUUUUCUUGCUUAAAAAAAAGAAAGAAAAAAAAAAGUGUUUUUGUGUGUUCUCUGAGGAUGAGGAUCAGUGCGUUUCCCUGCUGCUGCUGGGAUCCAAAGUUGAAUCAUUAUGUGUUUAUGUAAAUAAUAAAUGUUCCUAUGAAGCA